AGUCUAUAGUGAUCUGUGGUUAGUUCCGAGUUCGUACUUCGUAGAUUGCAAUUUAUUAUAACAUCUUGAAUGAUUUAUUCUGUCUUUGAAUUAAAUUAAACAACUAUUAAGUCAGUGAUUGUAGUAAUUUUAUUGUAUGUAGUUUAUUACGCGUUAAAGCCCUGAACUGAAUCUCCGCACACGACAGUCUAUUUAUUCUUUUCAUUGAAACCUUGACCGUUUGUGCAGUUCUAAGUUCAUACAAUUUUAGUAUUUUAACCAUGACCGACCGCCCUGAACCUUCUGGAUUGAAAGUUAUAUCUACGGCUGAAGUGGCGAAACAUAAUAGUAAACAAAAUGGUGUAUGGAUGAUAAUUCACGACAAUGUUUAUGAUGUGACAAGUUUUCUAGAAGAGCAUCCAGGUGGUGAAGACACCCUGCUGGAUGCGGCGGGAAAAGAAGCGACACAAGACUUUGAGGAUGUGGGCCACAGUGAUGAUGCUAUAGAGCUGAUGAAGAAAUAUCUGAUUGGCACGCUACCAUCUGCAGAGAAGUCUCAAGGGGGAAGUAAACCUGCAGACUCAACCACACCUGGACACAAGUUUGACCCAAUCCCAGAGUUGAGUUCAAAUCUAAAAUGGGCAGUAAUCGCUCUAGCUGGCGCUGUGGUACUCGGUAUUAUAUUGAAGAAAUAUCUGAACAAGUAAACCGUGGUGUAUUAGUUGUAUGGGGUCCACGUUAUACCGGUUCAAACCUAUAACAGUUAGAUGUAAGUUUGUCCUAUGCUUCGUCUGUGUUAACAAAACUACCAAAGUGGUAGAAAUCAAAAAUAUAUUUAUUGGAGUUAGACCACUUUGUUUUUGGUAGUGACCUGUGUAAGUGUUACCAUAAUAAUAAUGUAUAUAAAGUACCAAAAUAAUAUAUGAUAUAGAUGUAUUUAUUUAAUAUAAUGAAUAAGGUUGAA